GGUGAAGAAUUAGUCACAAGUCGGAGCUGACCAAUCAGGUGGUUGAAAAUAUUGUCACGUGGUCGUUAUGCUUUUCGCCGUCAGGAUUUGCCCCGCGUCCCUCAUUCGUGUGACCUGUCGACUCGUUCAAAGGGGUUUGCUUUGGUUUGGCGACAGCGACCCUCAGUCCUCUUCAGUCAAGCGGACAGCGGCAAUGGCGAACGUGGCAGGUUGCAGUUCCUACGACGCGGGUCACGCGGACGCAGAAGGGCACUGGGAAUUGGAGCGAGCGGAAGAACUGAAGGGGGUCAAGAUGGCGUUGCUGGAAGCUGACCUUUGGCGCAAAUUCCACGGCGUCGACACAGAAAUGAUUAUCACCAAGUCUGGAAGGAACAUGUUCCCGGUGCUGGCGGUGGAGGUGAGCGGUCUGGAGCCCGACGCGCUCUACGUCGUCCUCAUGGAAAUGUGUCUGUCGUCGGACCGCCGCUACAAGUUCGUGGGUGCGGAGUGGAAGGCCAUGGGCAGGUCGGAGCCGCAGAUGGCAGUCAAGAUGCGAUGCUUCAUCCACCAGGACUCGCCAGCGACCGGCACCCACUGGAUGCGAGACCCCAUCAAGAUGAAGGCGGCGAAGCUGACGAACAACCCGGUGAACAACAACGGACACGUGGUCCUAACGUCUAUGCAUAAGUAUAUUCCUCACAUUCAUGUGGUGAAGACAUCGGACUACGGCGCCCUUUCGCGGAGUCCCAAAGCUACGUUCCUGUUUCCAGAGACAGAGUUCAUCGCCGUCACAGCUUAUCAGAAUGAGCGAGUUACGAUUUUAAAAAUCGAUAACAACCCAUUUGCAAAAGGAUUCAGAGAAAAUGGUCUCUCCUAUGUGAAGCGGAAACAGAAUGAAGCUGCUUCAAACAGAAAGCGUCACUACCCCGAGCGAAGUCCCUCGUCAUCACUGGACAAUGCUCAGUCGCGCUCCCCGCUACUUGCAGAGGAUUUCAAUAAUAACAGUCAGAACACACUGCGUGUUCCAUCUGUCAUCCAAGAUCAGAAUGAGUGUAAUCCUGUGGAUCUGCAGCGUGAAGCUAUUUCGGCUGCUGUCGCCAUGGCUUCCCCUUACAACGCGAUAUGUCAGCGCCCUUACUACCCUUUCCCGGAACGGGUUUGUAUGUUUCCCUGCAUGUUGCCGUCAUCGCUCCAGACUCCGCCGCCGCUACCUCCACACCCAUCCUCUCUUUACUCCUCGCUUUUCAUACCCAUUCCAUAUAACUUCAACUCUGCAUUUCACCAUCAGCUUUACUCCUCCACGCAGCCCUGCAUCACAGAACUGAAUCAGCCGUAUGACUAUUCUUUACGAGAAAAAUCCAACUAAACACCUGGCCUACUAAUGAAGUACCCUUAAUGCAGUUUCAGUGCAGCAAGUCCGAGCAUAUUGUCAUUUUAUUUAUUUUUUGUGAUUUAUUUUCAAACUUGUCAUGUACUGAAUGAACAUUACUCUGACAGUUGUCGUAGUUACGUGGAGGGAAUGCAGAAGAUUUCCGCCCGCUUCUGGCAUAGAUACAGAAUUUCGUAUCUAACGAAGGCAUGGGACAGUUUUGGUGCUGUGUUACUGCUAGGGCUACAAGUUAAUUAUUUUCAGGUAGUAAAUUAAUUGGAAAAUAAAUAUUUGUUUUGUCACAGUAGUAAUUACGUUUUGUUGCAUAAGUUAUACACACAUAAUAUGUGUACCAAAGAAAUAACACUAUAUGUUGAAUCUCAUUGAUAUGUGAACAAACUUUUUUUUUAAACCGCAGAUUGCAGGUUGUCUCAUAUUUUCUGAAGUUCAUUGCACGCCAGGCAUAGGAGUACAAUGACUGGCUUAUAACGUGCACUUCUUCAGGCACUUUUAUUCCAAGAUACAGGUAAAGACCAAUUGAAAGUUGCCUAUCCGAGGACAAGCCUUAAGUUAAAGUAUAGAACAUAACAGAAAACAGAGCCAUCGAAUGUUUAUAUAGUAAUAUUUGAAUGGAAAUGUUACUUUCUUAAGCUAAUGUAAAAUGAUGUUUCUUAACAGAUUAGAUGAGUUAACCAACACAACUUACAUUAGUUUACAUUUGCACACCAAGAAAGCCAGGAGCUGUGUAUCUCUACUGUUGUAAAUGUUUUAGAGAAAAGGUGAUGAAUCGUUUUCCAUUUUCUAACCAGGCAUUCAAAUUGUUUGACGCCAUGAGGGCUCCACACAGUCAUGACAAGUUUGUUUCAUUUAAGUUACUAAAACAGUGAGAGGCAGAGGAAUUUGGCAUUUAUUGACUGGAACCUGGGAACUGUAAGCAUUUUGUAUUUAGAAAUAUAUUUCUAAAUGGCUUGUUUUGUACUGAUUUGACAAUUAAACAGCAAAUAAUAA